GGUUUGGAAGUUUUCAUUAUUACAUAUUAUUUAUUUGUGGUUCACUUUUCACGGCGAUCGCCAUUAGCGUGACGUCAGUGUCCUUUGUUGUACCGUCAGCACAAUGUGAUUUUCAAAUGACUUCUAUUCACAAAGGCAUUCUCAACGGAGCUUCGAUGAUUGGAAUGUUCUCGGGGUCUUUUAUUUGGGGUUACGUUGCUGAUUCCAGGGGCAGAAGAUAUGCCUUGAUGAUGAGUAUGACGAUGGAUGGUGUUUUCAAUAUCAUAUCCAGUGUAUCUCAGAUCUAUCCAGUGUUAAUAUUCUGUCGACUGAUGAGUGGAUUCGGCAAUACAAGCGUGGCGUGGUUAAUUAUACCACAGACAUUCAGAAUCGAAUACGGGUUCUUUUUAUUCAGGUCAUGGAAUUUAUUUACAAUUAUAUGUUCUCUUCCGAGCUUAACAUUAGCAUGUUUGUUGGUGAGAUUGCCGGAAAGUCCAAAGUUUUUACUCGCCAAGGGUAAACACGACGAGACCAUUGAUUGCUUGAAAUUCGUUUAUAAAUGGAAUAAUAAGACUAAAGAUAAAUUUCCGGUGACUUCGUUAAUAUUACCCGAUUGCAUUAAUGAACAGAGUAAUGGUUUCUUUAAAGGGCUCUACGAGAGUACUGUAGGGUUGUUUACAUCUAAGUACAAAUUUAUAGCCAUAAUUACAUGUAUUAUACAAUAUGGUGCCACUACCAGUUAUUAUAUGCUGAUGCUAUGGUUUCCAGAAUUGAUGAAUAGGUUUCGAUGGUAUGAAACUUCAUAUUCGGGUCCAAAAAACAUGACAAAUAUGUGCGAAAUUGUAUCCAUGUUUUAUGUCAAACCCGAGGAGACAGAUCAAGCGUGCAAUGAUAAUAUCGAUAAAUCAGUGUAYUUGAACAUAGUGAUUAUUGGAAUUGCAUGCUUACCAACAAGUCUUAUUGUGCCAAUGUUCGUUAACAGAUUAGGACUCAGGUUUUUUUUAG